AUGCAGCAGAUACUUCGUCAGCUUCACUGCUUGACGCCUACCCGCUCACUACUGACUCGCAACGUCUUGAUCACGUGUCGCUCGUUCUCCGACAUGGCGCCAACCGGCACAGAGCAGCCUCGUCCCAUCGUCGUUUCCGGUCCGUCAGGCUCUGGAAAGUCUACACUCCUCAAGCGCCUCUUCGCGGCAUAUCCCGGUCGCUUCGGUUUCUCCGUAUCGCAUACCACUAGGCAGCCACGGAACGGUGAAGAGGAUGGCAAGGACUACAACUUUGUGACAAGAGAGGACUUCAAGAAGCUGGUAGAUGAGGAUGGCUUCAUAGAGCACGCGCAGUUCGGCAGCAACCUAUAUGGCACUAGUGUGCAAGCUGUGAAGAAUGUGGCAGAGCAGGGGCAGAACUGUAUCUUGGAUAUCGAGAUGGAGGGUGUCAAGCAGGUCAAGAAAAAGGACCUCAAUGCCCGCUUCGUCUUCCUCCAGCCACCCUCCGUCGAGAUUCUGGAGAAGCGACUCCGCGGUCGUGGAACUGAUAAAGAGGAAGCUAUUCUGGAGCGUCUGAAGCAGGCAGAGAAGGAGAUUGAGUUCUCCAAGACGCCUGGCGUGCACGACCAGAUCAUUAUCAACGAUGAUCUGGAGAAGGCUUGGCAAGAGUUCGAGGCGUUCUGUGUGCCAGACAAGAAGUAA